AUGCGCUUGCAAGGAAUAUCUUCUUUCGCGCUCCCUAUCGGGUUUGCGCUUGCUACGGCUGUCAGUGCCGGAGUAACGAGAACUGGCUCAAAUGUCUGCACUGUAAAGGCCAACGGCCAUCAAAAGGAUGAUGUGCCCAAUAUACUCAAGGCAUUCAAAGAGUGUGGUCACGGCGGAACCAUUGUCUUUCCUGAAGACCAAUCCUAUUGGAUUGCCACACGGUUAAACCCCGUCGUAAAUGACGUGGUGAUUGAAUGGCGUGGAAAAUGGACAUUCUCCGAUGAUCUAGACUAUUGGCGUAACAAUUCUUAUCCAAUUGCAUUUCAGAAUCACCAUGCUGGGUUCAUUAUCACCGGAAACAACAUCAAGAUCGAUGGAUAUGGUACGGGAGGAAUCGAUGGCAAUGGAAAUGUUUGGUAUACAGCAGAGAAGGGAGAUACCCAGCCGGGGCGCCCGAUGCCAUUCGUGUUCUGGAAUGUGACUGAGGUCAGCGUGGACAAUUUCUAUAUCAAGGAUCCUCAACUUUGGAGCUUGAAUAUCAUGAACGGCAAAAAUAUGCGGUUUAAUAACAUCUACUGCAACGCGACGGCAGUAGAUGCACCAUAUGGUGAUAAUUGGGUACAGAAUACCGACGGCUUUGAUACCAUGGAUGUGGAGAAUGUCCAACUUACGAACUUCGUCUAUCAAGGUGGCGACGAUUGCAUUGCUAUCAAGCCCCGAUCGUACAAUGUCGACAUCCAUAACGUCACUUGCCGCGGUGGAAAUGGCAUUGCUAUUGGGAGUCUAGGCCAGUACCUGGAAGACUCCAGCGUAGCCAACAUCUGGAUCGACCAGGUCAAGCUUAUUCGAUACAAUGAGGAUCUGCACAACAGCGCAUAUAUCAAGACCUGGGUUGGAGCACUUGUUCCGCAAAGCUCUUAUGAAAGUGCCGGUCUCCCACGCGGAGACGGGUGGGGUAGUAUACGAAACGUACUGUUCUCAAAUUUUGAGGUUAAUGGCGCCAACUCUGGGCCGGCGAUAACCCAGGAUAAUGGGAACAAUGGUUCAUAUUCUGGAACCAGCAAGAUGAGCAUCUCAAACGUAGCCUUUGUGAAUUUCACGGGCUAUAUCGAUACGACCAAGAGCACUGUCGCCUCAGUUUCAUGCUCUAACGUGCAUCCAUGUUAUAACAUUGACUUUGAUAAUGUUGUUCUAUAUCCAGAGAACUCCACCACUGUUGGGACUGGGUCUUGCAAAUAUACCGCAGACGGGGGUGUGCACGGUCUGGAUGGCUGCUGA